AUGCCACUCAUACAUUACACGACCCCAAUUGAACAACGAUCCGGAUCUCCUCUCACUCAAGCACAAGCCGAAGCUCGCCUUCAACCGCAAGGUAUCUCUGCAAUCUCUUCCGGCGGCUGCACCGACAAGACGAAUCCUAAAUGUACAUCGUACGCGGGUAUUCUCAGCGGAACUGUGGACGGAGCCAUAACACUUAAAGGCGCAUGUGGUUGUGACAUCACUAUCACCGGUGGUACCGAGACUGGACAUGCAGGCGGCACGUAUAGUCAUGCCAACGGCUAUAAAUUCGAUUUCAGGAAGAAUACAGCGCUGAACAACUAUGUCACGCAGACUUUCACACGCAUCGCAGACCGUGGAGACGGAUAUCCGCAGUGGAAGAGCGCGGCUGGGAAUAUCUACUGCGAUGAAGGUAAUCAUUGGGAUGUGACGUAUUAUUGA